AUGCUGUUCUUAGCAGAUGCUGUUAUUCAUAGAGGUCAGUUCAACAGCUCUAACAUUAUUGCUGACUUUGGUUGCUCCACUGAGGAACUGGCUGAAUUCCACAAAGAGCUUGAAGAGACUAAGAAGGCACCACUUAUAAACCUCUCUUUAGGAGGAAAAUAUUACAUUGAAGGAUCCCCUGUCACCAUAGCCUGUGAAGCUUCUGGGAAACCACUGCCGGAUGUAGCAUGGAUUAGAAAUGGAGUACUGGAAAGUUCAGGGAAGAAAGCUUCGUUUUUAAAGUUUGAUAAUAUAAACAGAACAGAUGCAGGACAAUACACAUGUCGUGCUAAUAACUCAGUGGAAGUCACUUUUGUUGACACAACAAUUGUAGUUCACUACCCGCCCACAAUUCAGAAUGUCACCACGUCAUCUAAGAAGUCUUGGAUUGGCCAGACAGUGACUUUGAAGUGUCUUUCUGAUGGUGUUCCUACACCAACACUCUCUUGGUACAAACCUGAAGGAAGUGAAAUAAACAGAGUCACAGCCAGAGAAAACAAAGUACAGGUGCCACUUAGGGGUGAUCAAGAUUUUGGUCAUUACAAGUGCAUUGCUGCCAAUGGACUUACUCCACCUGAUGAGGAGUUAAUAAAGAUAAAUCCGAUAAAGAAACCAGGGAAAGCAUCCAUCAAAUCGUCAGAAUCAGUCAUUCAAGCAACUUUUAUAACAAUACGAUGGACUGCACCAGCUGAUGAUGGAGGAAGUCCGAUUACAGGAUACCAACUGAUCUUACAAAAGGGUGAAACUGAGUUAGAAAAGGAUGCUAUCACCAAUCCUGGGACGACAUCUUAUUCGUUUCGUGGUUUGGAGAAAAAUACCAACUACACAGUGAAACUGUUUUCCAGAAAUUUCGUAUUCGAGGGAGAUCCUACUGUAAGGACGAUUAAGACCAAGCUUGAAGGAGCCCCAGAUGUGGUCGAAAUAGACCAACUGCCAGAUGAAACAACAGACGAUACAAUUACCCUAAAGUGGAAGGAGCCAGAAAGUAAUGGAAAAGUUAUCACCAUGUAUACAGUGUACCAAAGAGUAGUAACUGAUGGGAAAGUGGGACAGUGGACAGAAAUAAGGAAAAUCAGAGAUGUUUCUACGAGAGAAUUGAAAAUAGCGUUGGAGAAAGGAAAGGUGUAUCAGUUUGCCAUUACUGCAACUAGUGAGCUUGGUGAAAGCCUAAAACAGGAGAAAGCAAAUAUCCAGCAAGUCAAGGCAGAGGUUCAAACAGUAAGCACAGAAGUUUACCUGACAGCGACAAUACAGGAGAACUGUAGCAGACGUUCGGAAGUUGCUGCGAAAUUUCCAGAAAUGGCUUGUCAAAUUGCCUUCAGGUUUGGCUGCUCAUCCGCCAACACUGUGAACACCAGGUGUGGCAGUGUUGUUCUUGACUUUAUGAUGAGGUUCAAUCAAACUGUAGUCGUCAGCAAUGUUUUGAUUGUCCUGUCGGAUGCUGCAAGGCAAGACAAAUUCAGAGGUUUUAAAGUCAAUCCAGACUCAAUUAAACAAGUUUUAAUACCCACAGAUGGCUCGGAAAGCACAACAAAAGGUCCUGAGGAAUGUAACUGCCCAUCCAACAACGUCUUGUUGGCCGUAAUUGGGGUUCUUGUCUUCACAGUCCUUCUUCUAAUUAUUUACAUAAUCUGGCUACAUAAGAAAGGCGCUGUAGGGAAACAGAGGACUUAUGAAGAUGAGAGACGUGUUUACGACAAUGAAACAUUAUUAGAAGAUAUCGAACCAAGCCUACCUGAUUCAAGAAAACUCACCCAGCCUCAUGCGGAAUACAUGGAUCUCAUAGAAGUCAACAAAGAUGAUAGAAAAGCACAAAGUACCCCUCCAGGUGCUGAUUACGUGCCUCUUCAUCCAUUAACACGCUGCUGGGAAGUUCCAAGACAUUACGUGACCAUAGAAAAAAUCAUUGGUAAAGGUGCUUUUGGUCAGGUUGCCAAGGGAACAGCAGUAGGACUUCGAGGGAGUCCUGAAACGACCACAGUGGCUAUUAAGAUACUUAAAAGUGAGCUCUUACAUUCAGGAAAUGUUACCGGGUUACUGUAA